ACUUGUUAGGAAACAUUUUGUGGUUAGAAAUACGCUAAGGAGCUCCUUGUUUAGUUACUAUAGCAAGUAGCGCUUUAGGGUCGGAAGUUUUGAGAGUAGAAAAGCAAACGUAUGCGCUUUUAACAAAGUUCGAAAAGAGGGAACUGCGCGAUGUCUCGUAUCAGCUUUUUCUGAGAUAUCUUAAGAUAGUGGACGACUAGACAGUGUGUCUCCGAAACAACGAUAGUCCGAGCGCUCGCUAAAAAAACUCGUUCUCUCUGCACUGAGUUACGGACUAUGGAUAGCAGUGUCUGCUUGUUAACGGGAAAAGAUCAAGUCCUUGAAGAAGAUCAGAUCGUACCGGACUGUAUUCUACCUCCUAAGACAGAAGUAAGGGAAAACUUACCCGUGAGUUUGAAAAUAUCAGUUGGCGCUGAACUUGACGCUUAUCUUGGUAAACAGCACGUGGAGGAAUUAACCGCGCAAAAGCCCCGUAGGGUGAGUGCCUCACAAGUGGACGAGUUCUUCGAAGAACACAGCGAUCAGUUGACAGCCACCCUGAAAAACGUCAUUGGUUGUACUUCUUUUGGUGCUCUCAGUUUCUCAGACGAAAAGGCUUUCAACAUGAAUGAUGUCCACGUGUCUCCUGUAAUCUUUAACCAGCCCCACCACCACCAUCAACAAGGACAGGAUGUUGCACCACAAGAAAAUGGCAUACUUAACUCCAACAGUUUUAUGUAUGGCAGACAUAACGAUGAUGUCUUUGUGAAACCUGCACCAGUGUCCAGCCCUGAUAUAAAAUCUGUUCCUUCGUCAUUAUGGGAGGAGAUAGCUCGCUUCUAUAAGUUCGACGCUGAAAACCUAGACUUUCCGCAGGUUAAGACAGAAGCAGAAGCUUUGCCUUCAUGCCCUUAUUCCAACAAUCUCCUAUUAGACAAUAAUUGCCACGACCCAUUACUAACCAAUAUCAAGCAAGAGAGACCAUCUUCUUUACCUGAGCUUAUACCACAGGUGUCUUUAAAUGGACAAUAUUCGACCACACCAGUAACGGCUGUUCCGCUUCAAAACACGAGCAUGGCCCAAAGGUUGCCACAGACGUCUUGUGGUGGCAUGCAGUCUUACAAGUUUACCUCUAUGGGUCUUCAUUUCACCAUGUCUCAUGUAUACAUGCCACCCACACCACCAGGUUCUGAGCCAGGUAGUCCUUCAAUGGAAACCCUGUCUCUGCAAAGCCGUCGGACACCGCCACCGCCAUAUCCGGACACCGGCAAGCUACAAGCUGCUCUGCCUGGUUCUUUGAUUCAUGAUGGCCAACAAAUGAGAUACAACAGAAGAAACAACCCAGAACUAGAGAAAAGAAGAAUUCACCACUGUAACUACCCAGGUUGUACUAAAGUUUAUACCAAAAGUUCGCAUCUUAAAGCUCAUCAACGUAUACACACAGGAGAGAAACCGUACAAGUGCCAAUGGCCCGAAUGUCAAUGGCGUUUCGCACGUUCCGACGAACUGACUCGUCAUUAUCGGAAGCACACUGGUGCAAAACCUUUUAAAUGUAAAGUUUGUGAGCGAUCCUUUGCACGGUCAGAUCAUCUUGCUCUGCAUAUGAAGCGUCACAUGCCUAAGGUGAAGUAAAAGCAAAGCAGUAAAAAAAAAUAAAAAAAUAACGAAUUACCGGCUGUUAUUUUUCUGCUAUUGCUGGGAUCGUUUUUGCUUUUUUUUUCUUCAGGCAGUUGGGAUGCAUUGGCCAUUUAUGGAUGGGUAUACUAAGGUUGUAAAUUCAUGUAAUUGUGAAAAAAGAAAAACAAAACAGUUCUAUGUGUGACUCAAGAGAGCUGUGAUAUUACAUAUAUAUUUUGUCAGUAUUCGUGCGUCCUUGUUUUAUGAAUGGUUAUGAAUUUCUAAUUUUGUAUUGAAGGAGUUGUGAAAAAAGUGCCAUCUUAACAUAUUGUAUUGCGAUAUUGUUUGGUGCCAUUUAAAUUAGUCUUUCGAACCAGCUUCUUAUGAGCACCGGUUGAAGCGAUGUCUAUAACAAAUAAAUAAAAUAAUAACAAAGAAUGAGCUUCCAGACCACUUAAGUCCGUGAUUUCACGUUGUUCUGAGAAAAUACACUUCCGUGUUUGUAAAAGAAGAACUGAAUUACAGAUGUGUAUGUGUGUGUGUUUUUCGAGCAAAGCCACAAUGGGCUACCUGUUGUUUCCACUGCGGGGGAAUCGAACCCCGGAUUUAAGCGUUGUAAGUCCGCAGACUUACAGCUGUCCCACCGGGGGGACAUCGUCGUCAGAUGCAAGAAGACCUUUGUUGAUCUCUGGUUCUGUGUAUUCGAAUAAUUUUACUUUGCACUUUUUAUGCAGGUUAUGUUUUUUUUUUCUUUCAGUAGAUGCAGUAUCAUUUUUGUUGUAAAAACUUGUACAUAUAUCUAUUGCUUAUUAGCUGCGCAAAUCCAACUUCUUAUAGUUGUCAUUAAUUAAUCUGGUAGGAAUGAUUUCAUUGUAGAAUAUGAUUUAUUGUAAAAUUAAGAUAUUUAGCUUGAUUUGGGAUGAAAUAAAUUCUCACGUUCACAACAAUAAAUUUCAAGAUAAAACAAAGCGAAUUAUUACGGUUUGUUUUUCUUUAAAAUUCAGCCUAUUUGUUUGAAUGUAUUAUUGUUAGCUGCAGGUUACGUUAUGCUUUAACGGGUUUUUCUUCAUAGACACCAGCAAGUAUGCUUAUUCUGAUGCCAAAUAUUUAUAAGUUAAAAAUCAUUUCCAUAUACGACACAUGUGUUUUUUCUUCUUGUUUUGCACUUUCCUUUCUUGUUUUUUAAUAUAUUAUUUGCAUGGAAGUUAUAAACGAUUUUGAUAUCCUACUAACAUUUAGAAUAACGUUAUAAACGAAACAGAGAAAUUAAAUAUUAAGAGAACCAUUUUGUAAACUUGUUUGACAGAAAUUUAGCAUUGAAAAAAUGAAAUACAUUUCUUUGUUUGUACUUUGCGGGAAAACAAUCAAAUUGAAGAAUGAAAUAAACAUAUAAUGAUAUUUAGAAAUGUGAAAGAAAUGAUCAAAAAUCCAGAAAAAUAUUAUGAAUUUGCGACAUUUUCAUGUAAUUGGUCAUAUUUUUAUAGGAACGUUCAUAUCUAUUUGAAAAGGAAAUAUAUACCAUUGUUCAAUCUUAAUAUUUGAGCAGAAAUUGUGACUUUAUAUUUUUACAUAAAGAUGUAGAUCAGUUUAUUGGAAAUACGACCAAAAUAAUGUCCCCUUAAAAAAAGUUUCUUCGUUACGAUUGAAAAAUUAAAGGAAACUUAUUAUAAACUUGACCUAAAUUUUUGAUAUGAACAGUUUUUUUUUUAAAUUUGAACUAGUUUGCAAGACGACGUUAGUUAAAAAGAUCAUUACUAGUUUUCUGUAUAUCAAAGCAAUUUCGAAAUUAAAUUUGAAAAACAAGUGCUAUUUACAUUUAACGGAGAAAAUUAUUUUUGUAGUUCAUUAUUGCUUUCACCCCUUUAAAGAGGUUUCGUUUAUCUUUGUAAAAGUAUAUUCAUUGUAAGUUUAGUUAUAACUCUACCUCUACAGAUACAUUUUGAGUGUUAAGUAUGAUGGUGGUCCAAAACAUAAAGGAUAUGAUUAUUUAAUAAUAUCCUGCAUAUACUUUCAAACUUAAUAAUGUUAAAGUCAUUGAAAUUGUAAAAAAUUGGCUCAAACGAAUAACUCUACAUAUGAAACACAUCAAAUGUUUAAAAAUUGUCCUCUUAAAGAUUCAUAUAGUAUUCAACCACAUGACAUCUCUCUCUGUUUAUUCUAAUAAACAAUGAUUGAUUAAUUAUUUUCAAGAAAGUCAAAUCAUUUGAAACUGUAUAACAGUUACGUUUGACAGAUAAUUGAACUACUGCAGUUAAAAGAUAGAAAUAAAAAUGGAAUUUAUUUGCAUCAUUUUACUAGAUUUUAAUUUGUAAAACAAUACGUAAGUAUUUUUGUUUUCCUAAUCUGUGGCUUACAAGUCGAUUUGAAAACAGUUUGUCAGUCAUAAAGGUGUUUGUAAAAGUGUUUUAUCUAAUUAAAUGUGGGAUUUGAAAUGGCAAGAAAGAAAAAAUCUAAAACACAGUAUGUGGUAUGAAGUCGCUCCUCAAAUGUGUGUUUAUUAUAAUAAUACUAAUUAACUUUAUUAGUACAAAAAGACGGCUUUUAUUAUCUUCAAUAAUUUGAUUGUUUUAGUAUUAUGUGGCUUUUUAAAUUACUCCUUUUUUUUUCAUAUUUUCGGAUAUUAAAAAUGCUAAUAAUAAAUCCAAACUGGUUUUUAUUAUAUACCUAUUUAUUUUCAACUAAGUGCAAAACAAUAGGGUUUUUAUGGAACAAAAAAAAUAAGAUUUGAACGAAACGAAACAUCUUGGUUUGAGAAGUCCAUUUUAAACUUUAAAUAUUUCUAUUGUUAUUAAUAAAACAUUUUAUUCUCCUUUUUGAUAGAACAGACGUCACAUCCAGAACUAACAACUGAUUAAUGUUGUCUUUCUCAUAUGUCAUAUUGUACUAAGUAUAAUUAAAAUUUAAUUAUAUUGUAAAUAUUUAUAUCUAAUAAUAUUAUUAUUAUUUUUAAGCUUAUUGCCACCAUGAUAAUUGAUUUUGUAUUUUACUUUCAAUAAUAUAAAUUAUAAUAGCAUUAAAAAGGGACAGGCAGAGACGAACUUUACGUUACAUAUAGCUGUGAAGAUUUUGAGUUAUAAAAUAUGGUUAAUUUCCAACAAUCGUGUGAAUUUGUUUUACAAUUCGAUUUGAAUACGAUUUGUCAGUCAUAAAAGUGUUUGUAAAAGUGGAUUUGUACUUAAAAUGACAACAAUGAGCUCAUGAGUUAACGUUUUGUUGAGAUAGCAUUCCCUUUAAGAUAACAUGUAUUUUGUUAUACAUACUUGUGGAAUAAAUGGUUGAGUGAAACAUUGUU